AUGGCAGGGGUAUUUGAGGAAAGCUCUUCUAAGAAAGGGAGUCGGUAUGUUGUUCAAAAUGUGGAAGAUCAAACAUUCUCCCCACAGUCGGGUCCAUCGCACUCUGCUAUCCCCGACGAUGGGCAGAUCGUUACCCAAUAUGAACGCCAAAGCUUGAUCCGGGGUCUGGGGCAACGCCAUAUUCAAAUGAUUGCCAUCGCGGGCGCAAUUGGUACAGGUCUCUUUCUUGGUCUGGGUGGAUCGAUCGCCACCGGUGGUCCUCUGGGUGCCUUGCUAGGCUACUUCUUUAUCGGCGUGGUAGUCUGCUGCAUUCAAUUUGCACUGGGAGAAGUCUCAGCGCUGCUACCAGUCACUGGUUCUUUUGUGCGACACGCAGAGAUCUUGGUUGAUCCCGCGCUAGCGUUUGCCGUCGGCUGGAAUGUUGUUUAUGGAUGCUUUAUCAGUGUUCCGAGUGAGAUCUCCGCCAGCGUCGUUCUUAUUCAGUACUGGACGGAUAUCAAUGCUGCCGUCUGGGUGACUGUUCUUAUAGUGGUGUCAGUGGUUGUCGCCAUCUCGUUCAUCCGCGUCUAUGGCGAGAUCGAAUUCAUUUUCGCCAUUCUCAAGAUCCUCCUGGUUGUCUUUGUGGUCAUCCUGGGUCUUGUUAUCGAUCUUGGUGGUAUACCAGGUGUGCCUCGACGUGGCUUCCACUACUGGAAAGACCCUGGCCCGUUCGUUGAAUACAUUGCUACUGGGUCUUGGGGACGAUUUCUCGGUUUCUGGGCUGUCAUGACCAAUGCAGUCUACUCGUUCGCAGGCGUGGAAUCCUUGGCCAUGGCCGCUGCCGAAACAAAAAACCCGCGACAGAAUAUCCCCAAGGCCUGCAAAAGGGUUUUUGCACGAGUUUCUAUCUUCUACCUCGCCGCUGUGCUGGUCGUGGGCAUGUUGGUCUCUAGCGCCGAUGAACGCCUUGGCUCAGACUCUGGCACCGCAGCUACGAGUCCUUUCGUCAUUGCCGCUGGCGAUGCAGGUAUCAAGGCUAUUCCCUCCGUUGUGAACGCCGUAUGCUUGACCUCUGCGUGGUCUGCAUCGAACCAGAGUAUUCUGGCGGGAACAAGAACCUUGUAUGGUCUUGCGAUCAAGGGCCAUGCUCCGAAGAUUUUCCUACGCACCUCCAAGUGGGGAGUACCGUACAUGUGUGUGCUUUUGCAGGUUGCCUUCUCUCUCCUCGCUUACAUGUGUGUUUCCAACAAUGCCAUGAAUGUCUUCUGGUGGUUCGUUGAUUUGACCGCGGCUGGUACCUUGGUCUCGUGGAUCACCAUCGCUUUGAACCAUAUUCGUUUGUUGCAAGCGCUGGAUAAGCAGGGCAUAUCACCAACAGAAUUGCCGUGGCAUAAUCGCAUUACCAGAUAUACAAGCUGGUUCGCCUUGGUCUCUUGUGUGCUGAUUCUCUUGACUGGAGGAUUCACGGUUUUCACGGCUGGAAACUGGGAUCCUGCCUCGUUCGUCUCGUCCUACCUGGAUAUUCCACUGGUCCUCUUCGCGUAUCUUGGCUAUAAGUGGAUCCGCCAGACAGAGAUUCUUCCUCUGAGGAUGGUACCAGUUCAACAAGCAAUAGACGAGGCCAACAACGACCCGGAUAAUGUGCCGAUCAAGAAAGACAAUAUACUGGCAAAGAUGAAUAUUCUUUGGGGCUGA